AUGGAGAAUCUCAUCUCGUUGGUGAACAAAAUCCAGAGAGCUUGCACCGCCUUAGGCGACCACGGCGAAAACAGUGCACUCCCCACACUAUGGGACUCUCUUCCCGCCAUCGCCGUCGUCGGAGGCCAGAGCUCCGGCAAGUCUUCCGUCUUGGAGAGCGUUGUCGGCAAAGAUUUCUUACCUCGUGGAUCAGGGAUUGUUACGCGGCGACCGCUCGUUUUGCAGCUUCACAAGAUUGACGAGGGAAGCAGAGAGUACGCAGAAUUCCUACACCUCCCUAGGAAGAGGUUCACCGACUUUGUUGCUGUGAGGAAGGAGAUUCAAGAUGAAACGGAUAGAGAAACGGGACGAACGAAACAAAUUUCUACUGUUCCGAUUCAUCUUAGUAUAUACUCUCCUAAUGUUGUUAAUUUGACGCUCAUUGAUCUUCCCGGGCUUACUAAAGUAGCUGUAGAGGGUCAACCGGACAGUAUUGUAAAAGACAUCGAGGAUAUGGUUCGCUCCUACAUUGAGAAGCCAAACUGUAUAAUUUUGGCUAUUUCACCAGCCAAUCAAGAUCUGGCAACAUCUGAUGCAAUUAAAAUUUCCCGUGAAGUGGACCCUUCAGGGGAUAGAACCAUUGGAGUUUUGACAAAGAUUGAUCUUAUGGACAAGGGUACUGAUGCUGUUGAUAUAUUAGAAGGAAGAGCAUAUAGGUUAAAGUUUCCCUGGAUUGGUGUUGUGAAUAGAUCUCAACAAGACAUAAACAAAAAUGUUGACAUGAUUGCUGCGAGACGUAGAGAACGUGAUUACUUCAAUAGUACCCCUGAAUAUAAACACCUUGCACACAGAAUGGGUUCCGAGCAUCUGGCAAAAAUGCUCUCAAAGCACUUGGAGACAGUAAUCAAGUCCAAAAUUCCUGGCAUUCAAUCUCUUAUUAACAAAACAAUAGCUGAACUUGAAGCUGAACUAACUCGUUUGGGAAAGCCUGUUGCAGCUGAUGCUGGGGGCAAGCUGUACUCAAUCAUGGAAAUAUGCCGGUCAUUUGAUCAAAUAUUUAAAGACCAUCUUGAUGGCGUGUAUGUGCUUCAUUUUCGUAGUCUACUGGGAAUUUAUUUGCUUCAAAAUUAUCUCCAUGCUGCAUUCAUUUUUGGUUUCAAACUAACUUUAGUAAUUUGCCCAAUCUUCUACAGGCGGCCUGGAGGUGAUAAAAUUUAUAAUGUCUUUGACAAUCAGCUCCCUGCUGCUUUAAAAAGGUUGCAGUUUGAUAAGCAGCUUUCAAUGGAAAAUAUAAGGAAGCUUAUUACCGAAGCUGAUGGGUAUCAGCCUCAUCUAAUUGCUCCAGAACAAGGAUACCGCCGUCUCAUUGAAUCUUCUUUAAUAACUAUUAGGGGCCCUGCUGAGGCAGCUGUUGAUGCGGUUCAUUCCCUGUUGAAGGACCUGGUUCACAAAGCUAUCAGUGAGACUUUGGACUUGAAGCAGUAUCCCGGCCUCCGGGUUGAGGUUGGGGCUGCAGCUGUUGAUUCACUAGAAAGAAUGAGGGAUGAAAGCAAAAGAGCAACACUGCAGCUAGUGGAUAUGGAAUGUGGCUACCUGACUGUUGAUUUUUUUCGGAAGCUUCCUCAAGACGUUGAUAAGGGUGGCAAUCCCACACAUUCAAUUUUUGAUAGAUAUAAUGAUUCAUAUCUAAGGCGAAUUGGAACAACGAUUUUGUCCUAUGUCAAUAUGGUCUGUGCUACACUGCGGCAUUCAAUUCCCAAGUCCAUUGUCUAUUGCCAAGUGCGGGAGGCAAAACGAAGUUUACUCGAUCACUUUUUCACAGACCUAGGCAAAAUGGAGACAAAGCGUCUGUCCUCCUUACUGAAUGAGGAUCCUGCAAUUAUGGAACGACGUAGUGCUCUUGCAAAGAGACUAGAGUUGUACCGGAGUGCACAAGCUGAAAUAGAUGCAGUUGCUUGGUCCAAGUAG